AUGCUUUUCUAUAUUCUGCUCGGUUUCCUACUAGUUGUGUUUAUUCUCAUGGCCUGGAGACUAGGCUUCGGAAUCUACCCGAAGCCUUACCUAGGCAUUCCUUACAAUGAGGAGUCAGCCAAUCGUAUCACUGGCGAUAUUCCCAGUCUCGUACCUGUCAUCCAAGCAAUAAACGAGUUUUCUAGUUCUAUCUUCGCUAUCACUACUCAGAAGUUGGGCAAGCCAAUUGCGCAGAUGUUAUUCCCUGCAAUUCGGAAACCCCUAAUCAUUCUCGAAUAUCCAAGAGAGAUUGAGGAUAUCGUACUUCGUCGCAAUAAGGAAUUCGACAAGGCGCCCAUGGCUAUUGACGCCUUUGCCCCUAUGUUCCCACAUGCUUCGCUUAGUCAAUUCACAACCCCGAAACUCAAAGCUCAAAAGCGUUUGUGGGCUGAUGUGAUGAGCGCCGAGUUCCUUCGCAAGGCUGCCGCGCCCAACAUCCAUAAAGCCACGCUCGAGUUGCUGGAUCUAUGGCGUCUGAAGGCGACUGUGUACAAAGACCGGCCCUUCAGCGUCCAUGAAGACUUUCAAAAUGCAGCACUGGAUGCUAUUUGGGUUGCUAUGAUCGGCGAGGAGCCGGACGUAACCAGACACGAGAUCAAAAAGCUUCAGAGCCAGGUCGCUGGUAAUAGCGACUAUAAAAAUGAACCUCUUCCUCGGGGAACUUUUCUUAAGGAGGAGAAGCUGGAAACGUAUACCCCCCGCUACCGCAAGUUCAGAAAAACGGUAACUACUGAAAUCGGGCUAGCAAUGGAGAAAGCAGUCAGUCAAUUCCAGCGCCUUGAGAUGGGCAACUUGGAAGCCGAGGAGUUUGAUACUUGCAUGAUGGAUCUAGUUCUGCGGCGGCAGGUCCUCGAAGCUAAGAAGGCCGAGCAACCUUUGACUAACCCUAGGGAAGAUCAAAGCAUGUUGGAUGAGAUGUUUGUCAUGCUGGUUGGGGGUCACGACUCCACUGCUAAUGCCCUUACCUGGUUCGUGAGGUUCAUGGAGGCGUACCCUGCUACCCAAGCAGAAUUGCGCACAGCUCUCAAGGCGGCCUUCCCUAGUGGUAACCCAUCCGUCGAAGAGAUCCUCGGAACAGACAUCCCAUACCUCGAUGCGGCUUGUGAGGAGUCGUUCCGUCUCGCUGGUGUCGCCAAGGGCAAUCUUCGCCAAGCUACUGUAGACACAGAGAUUUUAGGAUGCAAGAUACCGAAAGGUGCCGAGGUAUUCAUGAAUUAUCACGUUAAUCAUACACCUGCUCCUGUAGACGAGUCCAAGCGCACUGCUGGCAGCAAGGCCGCGGCCGCCAAAUUUGGAGAUGGAUUCCAAAGUAAUGCGGGCCGCGACCUUGGUGCUUUUGAGCCGAGACGAUGGUUGGUUAAGGAGACGACAGGCCAGGAAGUGUUCAACGCUCAUGCCUUGCCAUCCCUUUCAUUUGGUGGGGGCUAUAGAGGCUGUUCUGGACGCAAACUCGCAUCCAUGGAGUUUCGCAUCGUUGUUUCGCUGCUCAUCUUGAACUUGGAGUUUUUGGAAUUGCCAGAAGAUUUCAAGACCAUGAGCGCUUCUGAGAAGAUCUUCCGGCAACCUGAUAAGCCAUACGCGAGAUUACGGAGCCUGUGAUCAAUUUCUAAGACAGGAAGUGUGAUAUGAUGAGACCAACUGAUGUUGUAUUAGAAAAGCCUUUCCAAGCUAGGUCUCUAGGUUUGGUACCUAAGAUAAGCCUCCUUGGCCACGAGUAUGGCCAUAAUUCAUGAUUUCAGUUACGAAAUCUACCCGAUAGAAGCAUAUAUUACAUAUAAUAGGUAUGUAAAAUAUCGGGGAAUAGUUUUAUUUCUUAACAGAAGACAAAAUUAAAACCUCAAGUUGACUAAG